UCAAAACCAGACCAAUCCUAUCUCUCCCUCCAUUUCGGUCGACCUCUCAGACAAAAUUAAACCUCUGAGUUUUCCCGACAAAGCUUUUCUAAUUUUCUCCUUCAGAACUCUCAAAAAAACGAUUGGAACCAAAAGUCAUCGUGUCUAAUUUUAUCAGUUUGGUGUUCUGUAAUAAUAAUUUUUUUCUUCUACAAAGUCACUCGACAUUCUCCAUUAUUUUCUUUGGGCCCUUUCUUCUCGUAUCAGCCCCGCGACUGUUUUAAUCCGCCCAUCACCGGGAGAGAUUCCGUUGGUGCUGCGCUUUAAACCGGUCUUAACCAUUUGAUCUUGAGGAAACUUUGAGUUUUGUAAAAUCUCUUUUUCUCCCGACCAAACUGAACAAUGAAUACAAGGUUACGUUACGAUCCGAGCCACAUCUCGAGGCAGACGAAACCGUCUGACACUCCAUCGUCUUCUCCGUCACGUAGCCACCGGAGACACCCUCUCCUCCAGAGAAGCCUCUCCUCUCCUUCUCCGACAGCCACUUGCGGCGGAUCCACUCCCGCCGAGUUCUGCGGCGGCACGACGGCGAGUUGCGCCGCCGUGUGCUGCUGCUGUCCUUGCGGGCUCGUCAACCUCCUCGUCCUCGCGGUUUACAAAGUUCCUCGAGGUAUCUGCCGUCGCGCGUUACGUAUUCGCCGCCGUAAACACCUCGUCAAAAACAGGAUCCUUCCGCCGCUUCCGGCCAACGGGAGAGUGUUCCAGAACUCGGAGUUCGCGAUCCAUCCGGUGGAUAGCAACGACGUCUCCGACGAGGACGAUGAUGACUUCUUGGAUCUUAAAUACUUCGGAAAAUCAGCGGCGGCGGGGCUCACGACGGACUAUGAGACCGAUGAGGACGAUGAGGCAGUGUUGGCGUUGGAGAAAGAGAUGUGGAACAGGUUUUACGGUGCAGGGUUCUGGAGAAGUCCGUCGCAGAGAGAAUCUGUGUCUUCUCCGAGAGGUUCAAAGUCUUUUUCGUUAUAGCCGAGGCCUGGAGGAGGAGGAGGAGGUUGUAAAAGCUUUGUUAAUAGUUCUUUGUUUCUUGAUUGUGUGUGCAAAGCAAUGUGCAAGUCUUUCUUUAAAUUGUUCGAUCGAUCUUUGGUGUGAGAUUUUAUUUUCAAAUGUUUAAUGGGAUAUUGUGAUCAUCAAAGAUGAAAUUUCAAAUUUGAUUCAUGCGA